AUGGUGCAGCAACAUGAAAAAUGUAUAUUUUCCUUUCCUUCCCUUUCAGGAAAUGAUAACAGUGAAGCCCUUCCAGAGUCUAUCCCAUCUGCUCCUGGAACACUGCCUCAUUUUAUGGAGGAACCAGAUGAUGCCUACAUUAUAAAAAGCAACCCCAUUGUCUUACGCUGUAAAGCUAUGCCAGCUAUGCAGAUUUUCUUCAAGUGCAAUGGUGAAUGGGUCCAUCAAAAUGAGCACGUGUCUGAGGAAAGCAUGGAUGAGGCUACAGGACUGAAAGUUCGAGAGGUGUUCAUCAAUGUGACGAGGCAGCAGGUGGAAGAUUUCCACGGGCCAGAAGAUUACUGGUGUCAGUGUGUUGCAUGGAGCCAUCUAGGGACCUCAAAGAGCAGGAAGGCAUCUGUCCGCAUAGCUUAUUUACGGAAAAACUUUGAGCAAGACCCACAAGGGAAGGAGGUUCCUAUCGAGGGGAUGAUCGUUCUCCACUGUCGGCCACCUGAGGGAGUCCCUGCAGCUGAGGUGGAAUGGCUAAAGAAUGAGGAACCCAUAGAUUCCAACCUGGAUGAGAACAUUGACACCAGAGCAGACCACAACCUCAUCAUUCGACAGGCACGUCUGUCUGACUCUGGGAACUACACCUGCAUGGCUGCCAACAUUGUUGCCAAGAGGAGGAGCAUGUCUGCGACAGUGGUGGUGUAUGUUAAUGGAGGCUGGUCGUCAUGGACUGAGUGGUCCAGCUGCAACGCACGGUGUGGCCGGGGCUGGCAGAAGCGAUCACGGACCUGUACCAACCCUGCACCACUCAACGGAGGUGCAUUUUGUGAAGGAAUGUCAGUGCAGAAAAUUACCUGCACUUCACUUUGCCCUGUGGACGGGAGCUGGGAGGUGUGGAGCGAGUGGUCGGUGUGCAGCCCGGAGUGCGAGCACUUGCGAGUCCGGGAGUGCAUCGCGCCAGCGCCGCGCAACGGAGGCAAGGACUGCGAGGGCCUGAGCCAGGAGUCAGAGAACUGCACUGAAGGGCUUUGCAUUCAAGAUAAAAAACCUCUUCAUGAAAUAAAAUCCCAAAAUAUUGAGACAGCCAGUGACAUUGCCUUGUACUCCGGCCUGGGAGCAGCAGUCAUUGCUGUAGCUGUGCUGGUGGUUGGCGUUACCCUUUACAGACGGAGUCAGAGUGAGUACGGCGUGGAUGUGAUUGAUUCAUCUGCACUGACUGGAGGCUUCCAGACAUUUAAUUUUAAAACAGUCAGACAAGGUAACUCCCUGCUUUUGAACUCAUCCAUGCAGCCUGACUUGACAGUGAGCAGAACAUACAGUGGACCCAUCUGCCUGCAGGAUCCCAUGGACAAGGAGCUAAUGACCGAGUCUUCACUGUUCAACCCGCUGUCAGACAUCAAAGUCAAGGUUCAGAGUUCAUUCAUGGUGUCCCUAGGGGUUACAGAGAGGGCUGAGUAUCAUGGAAAGGCACAUUCUGGAACUUUUCCUCAUGGGAAUAAUAGACCUUUUGGUACAAUACAGGCUAGAAACAAGGCUGCAUAUAUACAGAACCUGUCUUCUAUUUCAACAAGAAGUGAAUUGAAGACAACUGCCAUUUUUGGACACCUGGGUGGCCGCUUAGUGGUUCCAAACACAGGAGUCAGUUUGUUGAUACCACAUGGGGCUAUUCCUGAAGAGAGUUCGUGGGAAAUCUAUCUUGCCAUCACUCAGAAGGAAUCCAGCAUACAGCCAGAAGGCACAGGUGUUCUUCUAGGACCAGAAGUAACUUGUGGGCCCUCAGAUUUGUCUGUCAGCACUCCUUUUGCCUUGACGAUACCACACUGUGCACAAGUCAGUUCAGACCACUGGAAUAUUCACUUGAAAAAAAGGACACAGCAAGGAAAAUGGGAGGAAGUGAUGUCUAUGGAAGAGGAAACUACUUCUUGCUACUGCCUGUUGGAUCCUUAUGCCUGUCACAUUCUCUUAAACAGCUUUGGAACUUAUGCUCUUAUUGGAGAACCGAUCUCUGACUGUGCCGUUCGACAGCUGAAAGUCGCGGUUUUUGGCUGCCUGUCUUGCAAUUCUCUGGAUUACAGUCUGAGAGUAUAUUGUAUGGAUAACACACCUUGUGCAUUUCAGGAAGUGGUUUUGGAUGAAAGACUCCAAGGAGGACAAUUACUGGAGGAACCAAAACUUUUGCAUUUCAGAGGGAAUACCUGCAGUCUGCAGAUAUCUGUCCUUGAUAUCCCACCUUUCCUUUGGAGAAUUAAACCAUUUACUGCAUGUCAGGAGGUUCCGUUCUCCCGCGUGUGGUGCAGCAGCCCCAAGCCGCUGCUCUGUGCCUUUUCCCUGGAGCGCUACAGCCCGGCCACGGCACAGCUCUCCUGCAAGAUCUGUGUCCGCCAAGUCAAGGGCCACGAGCAGAUCCUACAGAUCCAGACAUCCAUCCUAGAGAAUGAAAGAGAAACCAUCACUUUCUUUGCACAUGAUGACAGCAACUUCCCUGCACAGAUGGGCCCAAAAGCAUUCAAAAUCCCCUACUCCAUUAGACAACGAAUCUGUGCAACGUUUGACACACCCAAUGCCAAAGGCAAAGACUGGCAGAUGUUAGCACAGAAAAACAGCAUUAACAGAAAUCUCUCCUACUUUGCUGCACAAAGCAGUCCAUCUGCUGUCAUUCUGGACCUCUGGGAAGCCCGACAUCAGCAUGAUGAUGACCUUGACUCCCUAGCCUGUGCCCUGGAAGAAAUAGGAAGGACACACUCCAAAAUCUCAGACAUAACAGAAACUGAGAUUGAAGAGCCUGACUUCAACUACAGCAGACAAAAUGGACUUUAGUCACUUUUUCUCAUUCAAGAACUGAUGGCCAGCUUUGACUAGUACACUAGAGAUUCUCUAUGGCAGGGAGGAAAUAAGGGUUUCUGCAUAGUGUGUAUGGAAACAGACGCUCAUUUCUACAAUGCAGUUUUCAGUUGGAGGAGCAGAAGCAGCCCUAUUAAAAAUCAUCUCAAUAACAAGGAAAACACAAGGUUCUCCCUGUCCUCUCUCAUUCAAAAUUCAUGUUUUAAUGUCAAAACUGAAACUACACACUUGUCAUUCCUGGGGCAGGAAGGACUGAGAGACAGAGCAUAAAAGGUAAACAUUAUGACAUAAUGUAUUUAGGAAACAGUAGUGCUAAUAUAAUGCCUAAUGAAAAAUCAACGAAUAUGAUAUUGAAUAUUUAGACUCAAUAGAGGUUAAUCCUAGUUCAAAGGUUUGUCUUCUCAGGGCCUUGAGUCCCCUUUGUCCUGCAUCUCAAACUUACCACACUUAAAGAGUGGAUUUAAAAUGUCACUUCAUAGCAUCGUGUUGUCACUUUGUAUCUGCUACAGGAAAACUGAAAAUCUGGCCUUAUACUAUUCGUAUGUCUUAGGAAUUAGAAGAUCUCAUAACUAUUUAUAUAAUAUGCAUUCCAAACAAUUUAUUUAAAAAAUUCAUUCACUUAAUUAGUGUACAUUUACUGCAGUGCUUUCCUGCCUAUCACAAAAUAACAGAACCAAACCCUUUUCUGUGACAUUAGUGGGUGUGUGACAGAGAAAUUUUCUGAAGUUCUCAAUCUGCACAUUUUCACUUAGUCAAAAAAUAUUUCUUUGGGUGUGGAUUUAUAUGACCAAAUAAAAUGCAGACAAUUGCCAGCCCUGUUUUAGCAAGUUUACACAUUUUUUUAUUACUUCAUAUACUGGAGCUAAACUACCACCAGAAUAGCAUCUAGCUAGAGAAUUCUCAAUUUUUAUCCAUUUAAUCAAAAAAUAUUUUAUCACUUCAACUGUACCAAAAAGAGAGCUGUCACUGUGAGUGAGUGUCCUAGUGAUACUAGUACCAAAUUGGAACCAAACUUGGUACUGGAGCCAAGUAUAACCAUUAUUUUUACUCAUAUAUUCUUUAAAAUAAGCCAAGGUGCUCACUAACUGGUCCUAGGGUAGUGUUAGUGACAGGAACACAAUCAGUAUAAAGCAGGAAAACAAGAUUUUAGGAACUUUAUGGAAAUGCAACAAGAUGAAAACAAGCAUUCUGGGGUUUUUCCCUUCAUGUUUCUCUGAGAGUGAUAGGCCACAGGAUACCUAGUGUGCAAAUCCAUAAUAACCUGAAACCAUUUCUUUACCUAGCAUUCCAGUUCUGAAAAGUAUGAUGAAAACUCUUGAUGUCUUUGCUUGUUCUCACUGACCUGAAAUUGCAAAUUUCGUUGUUUUCCCAGCUAUGCAGGCUGGAAUAGUCUUAGACUUGUAAAUACUUAGACUUUCCCAAACAUUUUCUGCACUUUAGUAUUUCAUAAGAGCUCAUGUUUGCAACAGGAAAUCAUAAUGGCUGCAAGCAUAUUUAAGACAGAGACAAAAAUACCAGCUUAUUUGGCAGCAAGCUGUCACAGUUUUCAGCAGCACAUAGUUCUGUCUGUGUUUGAAUUAUAUUUCUAAUGACUUCCAGUCCUCCUCCUCAGAAACCUGUUCUUCAUUGGACAAAAUGUCAUCGAUUUGAAAAAACAGGGAAUGGCAUCCACAGAAAAGUAAUGGAGUUUUAGCGAGCUGUUGUUGUCUGGGAAACCAGCUACAGUCUCUCCAGCAGUUAAUUUGUUCUCAGCUGCUCCUCAGGUGCAGUUUUAAUUUUCAAACUAGCUUAGGUUUGCUACCACAACAAAGAGCUAAGAACUACCCUGCAGGUGCUCUAACAUAUUCAUGUAAUUCUGAAGAGCUGUAUGUAUUUUCUCCUCUUGUUUUUCAAAUAUGUGCGAGCAUAUAUGGGGUCAAAAAAGCUGCUAUAUGGAGCUCAGACCUUAAAGCUUUUUCUCAGAAAAUGCACAAUGUUUUUUUUUCAAGACCUUUUCUGCCUGCUGAAUGCACAGUUAAAUCUAGAGAGAGAGAAACCAGAAGCUGUCUAGACUGGCUUCCUCCAAAUUACAUCUAAAGGGCCUUCAGGCAGAAGGGAUCUGGGUUGCACAGCAAAAUCCAUGUUAGAUCAAAAAUUCAAUGAAGUCUAGAGUUGUCUGAGUUAACAAACUGAGAAGGAAUAAAUGGCAAAGUUUCUUACAAUGCCAGAAAAUAAACCCUUCAGUUCAGGCCUGAGGUAAGAACUUUACAUUGCUCAGUAUUGUUGUUUCCCUUUAGGUUCUGUUUCCCUGGUUUUCUUCACUUUUGCUAAAGCAGCUACUUUGUUACUGAUCUUCCUUCUUCUUGCAUCUGAAUCAACAACUCUGACUUUUUGUAACCUAUUACUGUUUUGAUGAUCUCAUAUUGUUUAAGUGCACUAGACAUGCCACAAUACCACUUAUUUACCUUUUUUGCCUGUAAUGGUUUGAAACACUAACCAAGCUGCUCGUUCAGGGAAACGGUGUAACAAACCUGCUUCACCAAGGGAGUUGGUCUGGACCACUGUAUCUGAGAAUAACUGAUACUGUCCUUCCAUGAAUUGACUAAUCCCUUUUGAACCCACUGAAACAUGUAGCCUUCACAAACAAUAUUCGGGAGAAACAAGUGCCACUGUCCUCUUGUGUUUUCUAAGAAGCCCUUCCUUUCCAAGCUUUCCUUAGUUUCACACCUGCAGCCUAACAAUUGCACUGGGCUCCCCUAGUUCUGUGUAAUAAGGAAUAAUGAGGACCUGUUACCAAAUCUCUUUGUCCAUAUUGCCCGUGGUUUUACAGGCUUCUCUCUCUGAGAGUGAGUCCAGAAUGCCUGAGAAUACAGUGACUGACUUUACUGUGCAAAUUACUCAAGCUAAUAUAUCCUGAACAUCCAGAAAAUAAACACUGUGAGGAAAACAUGUGCAACUGAAAAAACAAAACAAAACAAAAAAAGAUUGAAGUGACAAGGAAGGUAUAAAAAUAAUUAAAAAUCAUAAAACAAAUUCUUGUUUUCCAUUAUAGUGAUGGAUAUUGGUUGGUAGUAAAUGAACAAUAAGAAAUUUAGAAGUCUGAUUGGAGAAAUAGGCUACAGGCUUUUUCUAUUCCCUUUCCCCCACUGCACCAGUUGACUACCUGAUAUGGCUGGUACAGACAUACCUGUUUUCAGAUGCUCUUUCUGUUGUUUUGCAUUAGCAUCAUGGGAUUAUAUUAAUAGCACUUAGCACUUUUACUUAGAGAGGCUUAUGCCAGUUCUUCUCCCUUUUUUUUAUGCACAGUUCCAGUUUUAGAGAUGGAGAAAUUAAAACAGUUUUUAGGUAAGUGCUUCUGCUACCAUAUAAAUGAGGCAGCCACAUGGAUUUUGUUACCACUAACAAAGAGUUAAACAAUACAAGUAAAAGAUGUUAAAUGUUUGCUUCCUAUUUUCUAGAGUAGAAAGCAGCUGACUUUUGCCAGCUCCCCCAGAAGCCUGCUGUAAGUAUGCUUUGCAAUAAAGUAUUCUCUCAGAAUGGUAACUUUGAAUUUGUUUGCAAAUGCUAUAUAAAUAGAUAUGUUGACCAUUAUUAGUGAUCUUAAUAUUCCAGAAGCACAUUUUUAGUAUCUGUGUUAAAAAGGUUUCUUAGAAAUCUGUAUACAUAUAUAUAUUUGAUCCAAACUGCAGAUAUAAAGGAGCAUCUGAAGCAGGAGUAGAGGCCAGAAUUAAAAAUGUAGUUUAUAAAUGAUGACUUUUUAAAAAAUAAUUUUAAAAAAUCUCUUCACAAACUAGAAAGUAAAGGAAAAUAAAUGUAAUGUUGCACACUUGAGAUUCCAUCUAGCUGCCCUGAGUCUGAUAUGGUGAAAUAGCCAUUUUGAGUUUACAUCACCAAAGAAUCUGCUCUAGUAUACUGCCAUCUUCCUAAGCACUUUUUACAGAUAUUUCUGUGCUGUGAGUCAUUUAGGACUAAUAGUUGCAUUUUAAAAUGACUUACAAUUUUGUCACCAAAAUGGGGCACUUCACAGCUCCACCAGACUGCAGCAUCGUAAAGCUAAUUUACAGUUUUUACGACACUGCUUUUGCAGUCUUACUAGCUUACAUUAAAACCCUUUAAGCCAGAAAGAAAGGAACCCUGCUCCGUAGAUUUAAAUUCAAACUUCAUUUACCAGUGCAAGUCCCAUAAAACCAAAAUGUACUCCCACAAAAAUUUUAUUGGGCUUUUUGUAAUAGAUGAUAUCGACACGAUUCUCUUAAAAUACAGGGAACUAUUUUGUUAUUAUUUUUCUCUCUGGCAACAGCUGGUCUCCUUCUCUAUGGGCGUGUGCACAGCUUGCUUUCAGCAGAUCAAGUGAGAAGCUUAUUCAGCAUAAAUCACUAAAAUAGGGAUCUUGUCAUAGGACACCAUGGUAUUAACAUCAUGCUAAAGGUCCAUUCUUUUUUUUUUUUCACUUGACAGAUAGUGCUAUGUGAGAGUUUUAAAACAUUCAGUAACUGAUGAAUUCCAGAUAAUAUUUUCCACUACAAAAAAUAUAGCUUAUGUAUACAGUGCAGCUAAAACAAGUAAGUAACCGUUGUGGACUUCUGCUCAUGAUUUGAAUUAUUUUUUUCCAUUCUGUUUCUGUGUAUAAGACACAGAUUUAAGCAAAGUGCUGCAUUAUUUCUUGGGUGGUAAUUAACUGAAUGGAAAACAGGAAAUUAUUUUUAAGUCCUUAACAACUGUGAAUUACCUGAAGAUGUAAUUCCAGCCUUUCUUUUACUAAUUUUAAUUAUACUUAGGAAGGUCCCCAAUUUUUACACAGCAGUAGAGAUGGUUAACUUUAUUCACUGAGAAACUUUUUCAUGUUAAACCUGCUGAAGAGUGUUUUCUAUGGGUUGUUCAUUUGUGCUAUAAGCUUUGGCAAAAUUACUCCCUUGACACUAUUCCUGCUUCUGAAGAGGCUAGUGGAUUUUCUGCAGCAGGGUGUAAAGUGGCACAUAUAUCCUUUCUUGGAUAUAAAAUUAUUGUCUAGCUAAAAUGACUUAAAAUGUAAAGGAUUCCUGAGCAAGUCCAGUAACUUAAAAUACUAGGUAUAUAACACCCGGUACCUGUAGCAACAAAUAAAACUCAAUAUGCUGGCAAAAGAUCAUGAAUCAUUUUCUAGUAACACACAGUUCAGCCCUUUUCUCUCAUUGCCAGUACUAGCAUAAAUGGUAGCAAAAAAUCUCCUUUCCAACAUGGACAAAAAAAUAAAUAAAUCACUCUAAGAUUAAAGAAUCACUUGGAGAAUAAUUUGAUAGUAAUGGCAUCUGCAGUGCAGAGAACAGAACUGAUGUUCUCACUGCUGCAAGUAAAAGAAAAAGCUGUUGGUAUCCAAUGUUCACUGUUCUGUCCAAAAAAUAAAUGUCUAGGAAUUUGCCACUAUAUUUUUUUGUAUUAGAGGUGAAUAGUACAGAUUCUACUAGUGCUUCUUGUUUGGGGCUUGGGUGGGUAGGGGUGUGUUGUAAUUUUCAAGCUAUUUCAAAAGCUGCAUUUAAAUAAGCUGUUCAAUUGUAUUGAAUAACUGGUUUGUGCUUUACAAGGGAAUCCGGGUGAGCCAGGAUUCAAUGGGCAGCCUCCUCACCUUGCUGUCCCAGGGUAACUAGAGCUGAAGUCACUUGUGAAAAUUUAGCUAUGGGAUAGGGAGAUUAGAUGACCCAUCCCUGAUCUGUAAUGUAGUUUACUGUAUUCUAACGAGAUUAGACACCCACCUACUGUAGAACUGUGGUUUUGUCAGCAGCUACUUAGUUUGUCUGCCCCUGCUGUGAUAAACUUGGUUGAGAAUGUACUUCUGCAGAUUUAAAAUUACGUCAAACCCUUGUGUUAUCUGGUCUCUGUAUAUAAAUCUUACUGUCUAAUCCCAAAAGGAGAUGUGUAGCACAAAAUGAAGUUAAGCAUCUUCUGCACCAAGCCUGGUGAAACUUUUUUCUGAUAUAGCAGGAGGAAGACAUGCAUCUAACAGUAAGUGUAUUUGCUACAGAAAACAAUGUUUCCUAACAAAUCCUCACUUAGAACUGACCUAGGCUUUGUUUUUGCAGUUUAAAAAAUAUAAGACUUGGUAUUUCCCAUAGUGAAAUCUGGAACAUUAACCUUGUGGUGAUGAUAUCUUGCCAAGCGAUACCUUCAGAUUUCCCCCAUUUGUGCACUGAAGCUGGAGGGGGAGGGAGGAAUAUUUUCACAUGAAGCUCUAGACUUUUGCAUUCCCUAAACUUUGAAUCUAAAACCCAGAUACCAUUACUGAACCUCAAAAAGUUCCCCGAUACAGCAGGAAGCAGUACACAGACACACACACACACAUAGACGUGCCUCAUUGGGGAUGCGGCAUAUGUAUAUUUCUUGUAUGUAUUUGGGAACAGCAAAUUGACAUAAUAUAAUUUGUGACUUGGGAGAUGUAGCUGCCUCCUCCCACCUCUUAAUCAAAUUCAUGCCCACUGUGACUCUGUGGAUCUUGGUUUAUAGGGUACAAAAAUGUUGUGUACACCCUUGUUAAUUUGGAUGAAGAUGUGAUGCUGGUCAGUCUGGUGAGACUUAGUGUUACACAUGACUAGAGCUAACUGAAAAAUUUCCACUGCAUUUUUACCUUUUUAAACUUUUGACCAGUCUUUUGGUAAAAAGGCGAGGGGGGGAUUUAAACCUAAUAAAAUACAAAUUUGUAAAAAAGAAAAACCACAAGUAUUCCUCUAGAGAGGCCUAUUUUCUCUUCUGCUCCUUUACUGUCACAAUGAAUAGGUUCUGAAAUUCUUGGUUCUUGCUCAUUUGGCUGAGCAUUCUUCCCUCCCCCUGCUCCUCCCCUCGGUUUGAGUGUAUUUAGAACUGAAAAAAGAGCAGAGGUUUCAAUGCUUUCUUUAGUAUGAAGCCAAAGGAGUAGGGAAGAGAGACAGAAGAGCAUUAGGUAAAAAGCAUGGCCUUGGCUUCAUACCACACUUUCUGUGCCUUGUUCUAUCAAUGUAAAUUCUGAAUGUUGUACAGUAAAAUACUUGGGAAAGAUUCCUUGGAAAAGGCUGCACUGGCUUCUUUUUUCAGCACAUGUACAUAUAUAAAUAUAUAUACAUAUAUAUAUAUUUGGUAAUGCCAAACAGCUGUGUUAUAUUGUACUGAAAAAGUAAUAAUGGACAGUUUGGAUGUUUUCUUGUAGAGUCUGCAAAAAUUGUAUGGCUAUAGACUUUUGAGGAUAAAUGUACAGACGUAAAUUACUGCAUAUCAGUUAUUUAUGAAU